AUGUCGGCAACAGCACCAAACGAAUCCGCGCCCGGUGUCCACGCCGGUGACAGCGGCAUCCAUCAGACGCCCCUCGGCUCAGAUCGGCACGUUCAAUUGCAGAACACGGACACGUACGACGUGGCCGCGGCGGCCAACCGCAACGUCGGCGGGGGCAAUGACGGCGGCACGAGCCAACAAGACCAGAAUCAUCAGCAACAGCAGCAGAAGCGGCAGAAGGGCGAGAUAUCCUCCAUCGUGGACACCAUCGUCAACAAGGCGCUGGGCUUCGGCGGCGCGUCCAAGGCCGAGAAGCGCAGGAGCUUGGGGGCGGCAUGA